AUGCAUUUCUCUUUUCUCGACCCACUCAACAUCACUUUCAACCAAAGACCCGAGUUCUAUUUGCAGAUGACGAAAAGCGUGGCCUCGUUGGGAGUCGCAGUAAACCUUUUCGGUCUCUACAUAAUCCUCUACAAAUCGCCCACACAUUUCAAAACGUACAAAUGGCAUUUGGCGAAUCAUCAGAUCUGGUCACUGUUGUUGGAUCUGUUCGCCGGCUUGAUGAUCACCCCGGUUUUCUUCUUCCCGAUGCCCGUCGGCUAUCCAACUGGCCUUCUCUCGCACGCGCUCCCGCCAGAGAUCUUGAUGCUAAUCGCCACUUCUCUCCUUUUCCUCACUCUUUCCUCGAUUUUUCAUCUACUUUUCUAUCGAUGGCAAAUGGUUGUCCCGCAGGGUCAUCCGAUGAAAUUCAGUCGAACUUUUAAGGGAUUUUUCCUCAUCGGCGUUUACGCGUUUUUUCUUGUUCCGCAUUUGGUGCUCUUUCCGCAAACAAUUCAAAAUCAAACCGAAGCAAAAGCGGCACUUAUUGAGCACUAUCCGAUCUACGAGUCUGUCGUGAACAUCUCCGCAAUUUUAGUCUUCUAUUUGCCGACGAAUCCCCUUUUCUACACGUACAUGCUCGUGUGUGGGGUGAUGUGUACGACUUUCAUCAUCGUCGUCACCGCUUUCCUCUUUCAUACGGCUGCGAUUUUGCGACGAAAGGAUAAAUACGCGAAUUUCAAGACACAACUCGCACACAGGAAGUACAUUAUGAUACUUAGCACACAGAUGAGUAUUCCGAUGAUCGCCUUGUUGGAACCGGGUGCUCUUCUUGGGCUAAUCAUGGUGUUCAGAAUUUGGAAUGUGCAAGAACUAGCCCAUCUGGCUUUUUUCACGUUCGCUUCACACGGAUUGGUGGGAACGGUGACGAUGCUGAUCCUUAAUGAACAUUUCAAGGCAUAUUUGGCGAAGAGAUUCUGUAAUGCUCGAGAUCCCGAUGAACCGCAGCCGAUCUCGCUGAACGCUAUCUCAAAAGAUGUCGAAAAUAAUGGACAAGAACGGCCGAGUCUCGCUUCGUUACGAGCACGAGCUGCUGGCGGAAAUCAUUUCGCGGUUUCCGGUGGAUCGCCGACGAUUCGCGUGUUGGAAUUUGAUGCACCGGGUGGUGGAGGGGGAAAUGGAGGAGGAGAGGUGAUGCCCGGGAUGAGCAAUCGUUUAAGAACCGGU